AUGGACCUCUAUCCCCGCCUGCUUUCGGCCCAUCUAAUCAAUAGCUACGAUACCCGGCGCAUUACACAAGCCCUCCAUGUACGCCUCCGCAACGAACCUCAGCACAGCCUACACGACAUAUUCGCCUUUAUAGAUCGCAUCCAGAGUGACCUUCGUACUCACAGACUGGAACCCCACCCAUACGCCUUUGUGCACUUGUUCGGCAUCUACAAAGAAUGUAGUCGUUGGGACGAGGGAUUAGCCCUUUGGCGGUGGUUGGUCCAGCAGGACGAUCAAUUCUGCUCACAGGCUUCUUACGGUGCUGCCAUUGAGCUCAUGGCAUACGGCAACCUGAUGUCCCUACCAGAACUGGAGAAUUUGUACCAAGAAGGCCUCAAGCGCUUCCCUGGCACUUUUGCCCAGUAUCAUCUGUCACCCGACGCCAUUGUCCCUAACCGUGCAGAGCUUACUACAAUUUCCGGUAUCCCAACUAUCCUUCUACAGGGCAUUCUCACAGCACGCUUACUGGCUGGUGAUUGGAGAAUGUCCUAUCUGGCUUUCGACACAGCCCUCCGCAUAUAUCCCACCCAAACUCCUUCGCGGUACUACGAGCUAUUCAUGACCGAAAGGCCAAUAGCUGAAGCAUACCCCGCCUUUAUGGUCGCUUGUCGCGCCGGCACACGUUUGAGGCCCACCCACGUUACUGCCCUCAUAACCAAAAUGCGGGCUGCCAUGAUUGCAGCGCCUAAAAUGUCCGACCGCGUCAUGCUACUUCGCGCCAUAGCCAAUGCUAUCUACGCCUACUUGGAGUCUGGCGCGACACUAGAAAGCAUCCACGUUGGAAACCUCAUACGUUCUUUCGAAUUGAUCUUGCCUGAACCUGUUGCUGGCCAAGACUAUGUUGGCGAAGCAGCAGUAAUGCGUGACGCACUUGUAUUGACUGCGCAUGACACUUUGUCCGGACUCGUACAAGCCGGCGCCUCGUUCAAAAUCACUGCUUUCGAGGGCCUAAUCUCUCUCGCCGGGAAGAUGCGGGUCCCCAGUCUACUGACUGCCACCCUCCAAGAUAUCGAAAAAGCGGGUUUCGAGCUUGGGACCAUUGUUACCAGGAGUGUAAUUACAUCAGCGGGUUUGCUCAAAGACAAGGAUCUCAUCGAACAACAAUGGUCGCGCGUAGUCUCUACUUCAGAGGCCAACAGUGCACAGAUACCGUUCGAAGACUGGAUUACACUCACCAAAGCUUGCAGACGAGCUGAUCACGCCGCUUACUUCCGACAACAAAUACUGAAGUUAGCGCAUACGAUCGAUAUGAGAACGGAGCGACAUCUCAUCCAGCAGAUUGACGUGGUUGAGACUGCACCACCGAUUACUCAGGGGUACCAGUACAUGACCCUCCAAGAUCUAACCUCGGAAUUGGACACGCUAAAGACUCAGAUGAAGAAUGUCGAAGCUGUAGUCAUGUCAGGACAACCACUCAGCCUGGUCAAAACGCCAUUCUACAUGCAUCUUGAUCCAAACCACGCGUCUUUGGGCUCCCUGGAAAAUCUCCGUGUCGUCUACGAUGAACUUACCACUGACCCUCAUCAACCGCCCCCUCCACCUCCCGCCAAACCUACCCUUAGCCCAACCAACAUACCAGUAGACGAGCUCCGUUUCCUCAAUUGGGUCGCUGUCCACGAGAUGAUGGACUCGGCUGAAUCCUACCAAUCCGACCUCGAAUACGCCAUGAAAGCCGCCAAGGACGCUGGUCAGCCUAUGCCCACUCGACCAGAGGUUCUUCGUCUCGGUAACGAAGAUCCUCCAGUUAAGCGUACUUUUUCCGAACUGCGCCGGAAGAUUAAACAGCUACGUGGGUCUAGUUUCCCUGACCCUAGUGAGACUGUGAAGUCCAAGGGGGUUAGAAGGGUUCAAUCGGGCCUUAUGAACCCAGUCAGUAUUCCCAAGGAGGGUGAGAAGGGCUUGCAAAAGUUGAGAUACUAUGUAUCCAUGCAAAGUGAUCACGAAGCUCCGUUCAAACCAUGGAAGAAAAUCGAAAUAGGUGGUGCCAAGGUUGGAGAGACGUCUGAAGAAGCUCCGAAAAAAACCAAGAACGAGGAACUUCAAGAAGGAAAGACAAAGAAACAAGUAUCGACUGAAAUCAAGAGUGAGGGUAGCCAGGCCUCACCGUUAACAGUCACAUACACGAACUUCACUCCACACAAACCAAACUCCCCAUAA